UCCAGUUCGUGUGCAAAGGUCAAAACAACUUGUAGGUAUCAACAUAUCGCGCACCACAAUGAUUUCUACGUAUUAGUGUUCUUACACCUGGCACUAUGACGCGUGCCAAUGGAAAGAGAGGGCAGACAUUCGCUCAAUCGUCGUGUGAUGACAAGUGACUAACCUACACGCACUUAAUCUUGAUUGUGUGGAUUUUAAAUCAGUUCAGAGCUGUAUACACAUAUUUCAUAUGCAGAUAUGCAAUAACAUCCAAUUUUAUAACACCUCAGCCAGAGAAACACAAGAGAAACGCAAUAUUCAACCACAAUGAAACGUACUGUGAGAAAUAUAUUGAUCUUGUCAGUUGUUACUGUCAUCAACAUUCUCAUCUACACAUAUGCAAGUGGAUCUCACAUGUUUCUUUUCUCAACGAAGCCUUCAAGGAAUUCAUAUAAGUUGCAGGAAUUAAAUAUAAGAAAGAAUUUGGGUGGCGGUAGUACAGCAGUUGAGAAAUGGAAUCAUACAGCAAAAGAUGCAGUUAAUUUGGGACAGGAACACUCAAUUAAAAGUAAAAUUGUUGAUCCUGGUCCUAUAUAUAAUCUUAUUCCUGAAAGUGGUAAGCAAGUAGAGAACAAUGAAAUUAAAGAUCAAUUGGGAAUCGGAGAAAAGAUUAAUAAUGCAAAUGAUAUGACAAAUGUUGGUCAUCAAAAAGUUGGAAAGGCUGAAAUUCCUGCAGUAGAAACAAAACCUGUUAAUCAUAUUCAUGUUGGACAGGGUAUUGGUAAACCAGAUAUUUCUGUUGGUAAACCAGAUAUUCCUGUUGGUAAACCAGAUAUUCCUGUUGGUAAACCAGAUAAUCCUGUUGGUAAACCAGAUAAUACUGUUAUUAAACCAGAUAUUCCUGUUGAUAAACCUGAUACUCCUGCUCAAAAUAGCGGUGUUUUCCAGGUUGAUGCAGAGUUACUAGCACUUUCACAAGGACAUCACAUUUUCCCGCAUAAUUUCAAUUUAGUUAUGAAUCAUCCAGAAGCAUGUCAUAAUUCAGAUGGAUCUCAUAAAGACAUUUUUCUUGUUGUCUUCAUUUCCACCAUUCAUAAAAACUUUGAUCAGCGGAAAGCAAUCCGAGAAACGUGGGGUAGUCUGAAGGAAGUCGGUGGAAAGAAAAUAACCACAGUCUUCCUUCUAGCCAAGACAUCGGACAAAAGCUUACAGAAAAUGGUUGAAGAGGAAGAUAAACAAUAUAAGGACCUAAUUAUGGAGGACUUCCAGGAUACGUAUAAGAACUUAACUCUGAAAACCAUAAUGGGUAUGAAGUGGGUGUCGAUGUAUUGCCCACAUGCUAAAUACGUUAUGAAGACAGAUGAUGAUAUGUAUGUUUCAUAUCCUAACAUAGUAAAUUAUCUUUCUUCGCAUCCUGAUACCCAAAAAGGACUUGCAAUGGGUUUUCUUAUAAAUGGAUCGCCAAUACGUGACCCUAAAAGUAAAUGGUACAUGCCUAGAGAGACCUACCCAGGAAAUAGAUAUCCUCCUUUCCUCUCAGGUACCGGGUAUGUGAUGUCUUUAGACGUUGCUCGCAGAACGUAUGUUGCAUCUGUUGACACACCAUUUCUAUACCUGGAGGAUGUGUUUUGCGCCACUGUAUGGGAUAAGAUCGGUGUCAAACCAAAACGUCAUGCUGAGUUUCAUAAUUGGAGGACAGCGUACUCAUUUUGUCGUUUUAAACGAAUAAUGACAACACAUAUGGUUCAACCCGGUGAAAUGCGACGUAUAUGGAAUGACCAAAAGACACGCAAAAUCAAGUGCUCAUGGUAGUUUUCUUCAUCUUUAAAAGUAUUCUGAUGAUAUUGUGGAGUAGUAUUGAUAACUGUACUGUAUAUAAUUUACUUUUUGUAUCAUUUUAUAAGACAUUCAUACACAGGGCUGCUUUUAAGGCUACUAAAAUGUGUAUCCGACAUUGCAUUCCUUUCUUGAAUGAAAUUGUGAAUAAAUUGAUGAAAAAAUGUAAUGGAAAAGGAAAUAUAUGCAUGAUGUUAAAGUGAAAUCUACUCACAACAAACAGCAGAAUCAGUUCAUAGAGUCUGUAUCUCUAAACUCGAAGGGCAAGGGAAUGGGAAGCAUGUUUUGACCGUCAAAAGUGGCACUUUCAUCCCAAAAGAUUCUGUCAUAAGGUGUGGCAUGUCACUUUAUUUUCUUUCUCCAGUGGCGGACAAAGAAUUAUUUUGCCAGGGUGAAGUGAGUCUCAGUGGCAAUCAAGGUCUGGAGGGAGAAAACAGGGGGAGGGAUGGAUGGAGCCAUUUGUUUGAGGGCGGUUUUGGGGUGUUCAUUUACCUUUAGCAAUUUUAAUCUCUUAGUCUUAUCAAAAUGAUUUCACACUUUGGCUGGUGAUUAUUUUGGCCGCUGCCACAAGGGCGAGCAUACAUUUUGCCACCUCCUGGAUCCACUACUUUUCUCCUGUUCAAAUGAGGGAUCUGCCAAGUGGUAUCAGUAUCUGAAAUUAAUAGGAGAUCUGUUCAUUAAUUAUUUUGUUUGGACAUAACUUAAUUGCUUGUCAUUUGAUUUAUCAGUAAUUUUCAUUCCAAAAAUGUGUUGUAAUAUUCUUUGGUAAAACAACUUAAGAUUACGGGGCCAAUCGAUGAAGAUACAUAGUUUUUCCUCAGAAUGGUAUUCAAAAAUUGUUUUUAUCUGAUGAAGUUUGGCACAGCAAAAUCAACUAGUUGAUGGUGUCGUUCAUACAUAUCAACAAUCCUAACAACGGCGUAUGCACAAGCUAGAUAAUGCAUAUGAUUGCCUCAGGCAUGAUAAAUUCAAAAUCUAAGUAACUUUAGAAUACACCAACUGUUGUAAUUGAAAUUUUACAUAUAAAUAAUUAUAUAUGGUCCUGCAAAAUUUCAGAAGGGUAUAAAUUUCAAGUUAUGUUGUUUUUUUUUGGUACGGCCGUCUUGUAUUCUAUAGUGUAUAUAUGACUUUUUGUAGUAAUAUGUCAUUAGUAAAUCACAAAAAAACCUGACAAACUUUGAGUUUGAUCUGCGCCUUAAUUAUUGGAAGUUGAUAAUUAAGAUUAAUAUUUGACCAUUUUAAAUGAACAAUUAAAUAAUUUAAUUUAAUUUCCAAAGGUUUUAGCUCCGAUGAGGAGCUCUAGAAACACACAGUUGAUUGAUUAGUAGAUCUUUUUUAGUUCUACUGCCUCUAUUAUUCUGCCCUCAUGAGGAGCUCUAGAAACACUUGGCUGAUUGACUAAUAAAUACUAUAGUUAAUUGAUUAAUAGAUCUUUUUUAGAUCUACUGGCUGUAGUAUUCUUACCGCAUCGGAGCUUUCGAGAUUACAAGAACUUGUUUAUAUAUUACCACCUGACAGUAUAUUUUGACUGCCAACAAUUUUUGUCAAUUGAUUUAAUUUCGAAAAAUGUUUUUCAUAUGUUAAAACCUGAUUACAGUAUAUUUUUACUAUCAACAUUUUUUGUCAUCUCAUCAAAACUCAAAACUUCUUUUUUGUCAAUUUAUCUUAUCCAUAGUUUUGUGUAGUGGUGUAUGGCUUUAAAGUCUUUAAAUUAAAUAUGUAUCCAUUGGUGACUCUAGGAUAGAAGGUGAAGGGGACAAAGCUGUCUAACAACAGAUGUAGAAAUUCCAUUAUCUAUAGGGCUCCUGUCACGUCAGGUUUUAAGGGUUAAGCUUUGAAAAUGUCAAGACACGAAGCACAGAAAGACUGGGAAGAUUUUUAAUCUGUACUUAAGACCUGUCCAGACUAUCAAAUCUUAUUUGACAAAAACAUGUGACAUGCCUGAAUAUGGUUAUGAUGACAUCACAUCAUGACCAUAUAUAGACACAUCACGACUAUAUAUGGGCAUACAACAGUGUUUUGUCAAAGACAAUUUCAUAAUCUGGACAGAACUGUAAAUUUCUCUAAUUGUAGUAUUUUAUUUCGGUCCAGAUGAUAAAUCAUGGUUGAUGGGGGUUUUGCUUGUCAGAUGGAAGCCCUCAUCAGCCCUGCUCUGGUACCACUGUCAUUUGUAUUAUUUAAAUGUUAGUUGAAAAUAUAUCAAAUAAAUGUAAGAUAAUAUAAAAAAGAA